GUCUCUCUCUCUCUCUCUCUCUCUCUCUCUCUCUCUCUCUCUCUCUCUCUCCAACUUAUAAAGUCUCUGUCUUUCGUGGUUUUCUUGUCCAUUCAGUAGACUUGACUUCAGAAAUCGACACCCAUUAGUCUCUGCAUGCCUUAGGCUUCUGCGACUGCUUCAUCCCAAUUCCUAGGUUUCUUUCACUUUUCAGUCUGCACUCUGCAGUUAUCACAUCGUUCGUUUUGACAUAUAUUUCCCUUGAACCCUUGUAUAGGUAUGCAAUUUAAGAAAGCACAAUAAUUGAAAUGGGUAGUCCGUAUUGGUAUCAGAUCUAUUCCCAUGUUCCGAUCUUUCCAUUUUUUUUACCCAUUUCUUAGGUUUCAAUACAAAAGCAUGGAUCUUGUGGAAGUUCUGUCUAGUCUCCAUGCCUUGAGACAAUUAUAUGAACUCCUUCAGAACAUCGAAGAUCAUGAUAUUCAACAUAUAAAUUCAAAGAAUGUAACCCAAACUUUGGAUCUGAGAGCGCGAAAACUCUUCAAGCACCUCUUGGAUGAUGCUACUGAGAAGAUGUUCCAUACUCAUUCAAAGAUAACAGAAGCACACUCUGUUGUCCACAAGACACCCUUGAAUGCUUCUCUAAAUGUUGUCCUGAACAAUGAAAAGGAUUCUAAGAGCAGCAUGGUCACUUCAGAAAAGGAUGAGCAGUAUCCGGUGAAGAGCCAGAGUGCAAUAUCCGUGUCUAAAGUAACCACCUCAUCAGAUGUGCCUCUAUACAAAAAGAAAAGGUGCCGCGCCUGCAUUGCAAAAGAAAUGAAGAGACAGUACUCAACCAAGGACGCAACGAUGUCCAAUGAGAGAGCCGAGGUACCAGACAAAAACAGUGGGGAUCAAGAUCAGCAACGUGACUGGGGUAGUGGCAGUAUCAGUUGUGUUGAUGAGCAAGCUAAAAUAUUACCAGAAUCCAAUAGCAAGACCAUAGAGAGAGAGACUCCUAUUAAUGAAACUCUUCCUUCACCAGUCUCAUUAACAACCGGGGCUGGCAAGCAAGAAGUUGUGUAUGAUUUCACCAAAGUAGUAACAAAUGCAAUCAGACAAAUUGAGUCCUGCAUUUUGGCAUUGCAGUUGAGUUCUGACUUGACAAAAUCUCCUAUCAAUAAUGUUGCUGAUGAACAUGUUCCCUUCAAGCUUAGCAUUUCAGUUAGUCCUGUCGAACACAGAAAAGAGGAGGCCAUUAUCAGACACGAGAUGAAUCAGACUGAUAUUGAUACUGAUACUGAUACGGGAGAGCCUUCAUGGGAGAAAGGCUCACAGUUGACUCAAACUUCUCAAAAACAUGAGAAGACAGCUGAUCCUGUUUCUAGGGGACAAGGCUCCCCGGUGGAAAGCUAUAUGAAGAGAUGUGAGUCUCUGAGUCGAUCAGCAAGUCAGAAUAUUAAUAAGAUGGUAAGUUAUGUUAACGGGCAAAAAGUCUCACCAAAUCCUAAUGAAGUAACUAUGAAGCCUCCCCUGCAGUUGAAGACAGUUGCUACUCCUGUUCAAACAUCAGAAACCAGUCUAGACCAAAAUCAAACAGGUAGAAGACAAACUUCGAGAUAUAAUUCUUCCAUGCCACCACAGUCAAUGGGGAACGUGGUAUCUGCAGUUGGAGGUGGGCUUGGUACAAGGUCAAGUCAGACGAGAAGACUCAAGACUGGAAAGAGACAUGAUCAAAUAAUGAUGAGGCCAGUGUUCUUAGAUGAUGACAUGCCAAGUCAGAGAACAAGGACAUGUAAGAUGUCAAAUGUAAGCUCAAGGAAGAAGAUCCUACCGCGUCAGGAAGAGUCAGAGGAGGAGAAUAGCAGCUCCAGUUCUCGCAGUUCGUCAAUGUGGUCGAGUAAGCAAAGUGAAAGCAGUGCAAGUAGCUGUACCAAUUAUUCUGAAGAAUCUUGGAGUCCAAGACACGAUGAUUUUUCUGAAAGUGAUAUUAACUCACAGGACAGUUUAAGUAGUAGCUAUCACUCAUCAGAGGAGGAGGAUAGAAGUAGAUUGACAGAUUCUGUAGAGAGUGACUACAGCCAUAGAAAAUAUCCGGACAAAUCUAUCGGGAGGUUAAGAAAGAUCAAAAACAAGUUGGGACUCAUCUUUCACCACCAUCACCACCAUCAUCAUCACCAUCACCAUCAUGGUAAUGAUCGGAAGAAGGUACAAAAAAUGUUUCACCACAAAGACAAGUGUGGCAGGAAUGAUCAUGGUCAAGCACGAGUCAAAAAAUCACUAGCGGUGAAAAACAUGUCAAAUAAGAACCAGGGUGGGCAGUUUCAUGCAUUAGUGAAAGGGCUAAUGAGGCAUACUAAGCACUCGAAGAAGACGAAAGGUGGGAUCAGACCUCAUCAGCCUCAUGGCCUCAAUAAGAAGGUUGUGAACAAGCUGCAUUGGUGGCAGACGGUUCGGCAUGGUGGAGUAAAGCUGCCUAAAAGAGGGCGUGUAAAAGUAGGAUUUGCCAAUAAAAGACCAAAACUACCAAUGAAGAGAUGAGUAGGUAGUAUCAGUUUGUAUCACAUUUUUGUUUAUAUUGUGUCUUUACGUAUCUACCAGCCUAACAGAAAAGGAAAAUUAAAGAAGUAUUGCACC